AUGCUUUGGGCUCUCUCUGAAUCUAGUGCUUUGCCUCCAGGUGAGCUUAGUAACAUGAAUCAGCAAAAGUCAAGCACCUAUGUUGAAUUGCAGAUUGGAGCAGAGUCUACCUCAGUGCCUACUUCUCAGUCUAGCCCGAACAUACAAAAUGGUACUAUUUUUUCUUUACCACCAGUGAUUCCACAUUAUUCUAUUACUAAAGACAGGACUAGAAAAGAUAUUAGACCUCCUCAAAAGAAUACUGAAGUUGAUUUGGUUGCUUAUGCAUUAAAUGUAGCCGAAGGUAUUAAUUCUGGUGAAGAACCUUCUUCUUACUCAGAGGUAGUUACUUGUGAUGAUUCUGACCGAUGGAUGAUUGCUAUGAAGGAGGAAAUGGAAUUACUUCUUAAGAAUGGCACAUGGGAUUUGAGUAAGAAAUUCAAAACCAGUACAACAAAAGGGUCGUUGUCUUUGUCUUCAAGUAUUUGUAUCUGGGGUGGUGAUGGUUAUUUAAGCGAGUCGCAGUCGGAUGAGUUAACUCAAUCGGUGGUACUAAUUGACUCACAAUACAAUGUUGUACGACUCGUGCACACAUUAAUGGCAUGUGAAGAAGUUAUUCAACAAGAGGAGAUGAAAUUAGCUGAAGCUUUUUUGAAGCAAAUUGCGUUCUUAGCUGUUUCACAAGCUGGGGCAAUGAGAAAA